ACAGAAAAGAGGCAAAAAUGUAGUUUAUUGUGCGACUUGAUCAAUCAUAUGGUCUAUACAGUGAGAAAAAUAUCCAUUACAAUUUUCAAAUUCUAAUAAUUUUAUUCAUCCCCAAGGGAGAAAUUAAAGAGCAUGGAUGUGCUUUCUAAUUAUGUGUGUUUACUGGUACAAAGACUGAAUUUAUUCAACUGCAGAAAUCAGUUUAUAACAACUUAAUAUUCUUUACAUUUAACAUUUAAAGUUUUCAGAUCCAAGAAAUUCCUCAUAACUUUGAAUAUGAGUGUUUAUUGUUCCUGUCAUUCUAAUGCUGUAAAUAUAGCUAUGUUUACCAACAUGUGUGUUCUCCCUGGUUAUGUAUUAAAAGUUUUGUGGGAAGAAACACUAAGUACAAAACAUAAACUCAGGUGGCAGUUUAUUAGGUACGCCCAAAACCUCCUUCCUUUAACUGGGCGGAUAUAAUAAACUUUUAUGGUAAUUUUGAUACAUCAAAAUUAAAUAAUAAUAUAAACUGUGGGCAUUAAGUGUCAAAAAGAUACAAAUAUUUUAUUUUAUUUUUAUUUUUUAAAGUAAACAGUUUUAAACAAAUUAAAGUAUUUUUUUAUUAAUUUAUUUGCAAGUAUAUUGUUGAAGAAAAUUGUGAUGUGUUCAAGAACGUCUGUUCUUGCCUUUGUGUCGUGCUACGUGUGGUGCAUUCAGGAGCGUCGUUGUUCGGAGUCGCUCUCGCACCGCAGCAGCGGCAGAAGCAGCGGUAGCGGUGACGGUGGCGGCAGCGGCAGCGUCUCGUCUUAGUGAGCGCGGAGUUUCCCCUCAGCCAGCAGCAGCAGCAGCAGCAGCAUCCAUUUAAGCAUCCGUGUUACAGUGGUCAAAUCUCCACAUCUCCCACCUCCUCCACCCCCCCGGACUGACCGCUCUUCACUGGGAUGUCGUCGUCGAGUAUCUGGAGGGAGGAUCUGGUCGGGGGAGCCGAUGCUGGAGGAGUCCUCUCCGUGGUAUUUCUUCGAGCGUGACUGGAAAGGGAGCGGAGCGGCGAUGGAUGAAGGCAGGAGGGGACAAAUACAAUUUUGAUAAUCGGCUGCUUUUUUUUCUUUUAGCUAGCUAUCGCUAGCACGCUAACGUUAGCUAGCCCUCUGCUCGCCCGUUGCUUGUCACCCCCCUCCUCCUCUUGCAACCCCGCAACCCCGCACCCCACCUCCUCCUCCCCCGUCCAACUGGCGAAGUGGUGUUUUCCUCCAUGAAUAAAAAACACUCCUUAAUGCCUUUUUAUAUUCACGUCGAGACAUGCCGGAGUCAGCGAGGACAUUUCUCUCAAGGAUGAAGCACCGUGGCUGUCUACUAGCCUCCCGACGUUAACCGCUAGCUAGCAUCGGUAACCGUUAAUUUUUUUUCUUCCUCCCGUUUUUUCUUCUUUUUCUCGCUCAUCCGUGAAGAACAAGAUGCUGGCAGAGGAGGAGUGUGUCUAAACGGUGAACCUGAACUCGCAUGGAUACACACUCCAUGAAGGUCAUGAUACUGAGAGAAUGAUCAUGCUGGAAAAACAGAGCUCGACGCAGGAGAUCGGCGAGGAGGCCGAGGAGGACGCCAUCUUCACCAUCACGCUGAGGAAGGUGCAGCUUCACCAGUCGGCCAGUAAGGGGCAGCGAUGGCUGGGCGUGGAGACGGACUCCGCCCUGAGCCUCUACGAGACCUGCAAGGUGCGGACCAUCAAGGCCGGCACGCUGGAGAGGCUGGUGGAGUACAUGGUGUCAGCGUUCAGGGGCAAAGACUCCACCUACGUCACCAUCUUCCUCUGCACCUACCGCUCCUUCGCCACCACCAAGCAGGUGCUGGAUCUCCUGCUCAACAGGUAUGCCAAGCUCCAAAACGUGCCUGCAGCCACAGCGCACAGAGUCUCGCAGGACGACUGCACCGAGCUGAGAAACACUGUGUCGUCCAUCCUGGGCGCCUGGCUGGACCAGUACUCCGAGGACUUCUGGAGUCCUCCGAACUACGACUGUCUGCACCAGCUCCUGUCCUACCUUCACCUCCACUUCCCCGGCUCGGACCUGGAGCGCCGCGCCCGCAACCUGCUGGCCCACUUCCACCGCCGACAGCAGUGUGAGCCUGAUCCUGAUGGGGAACACAUCGGCUGCCCCUUCGCCACGCAGGAAGAGAGCGGCUUUGAGGACGAGCUUCCUGCUUUCAGUUUCCUGUCGUUCGACCCCAUCAUGGUCGCAGAGCAGUUCACACUCAUGGACGCGGACCUGUUUAAGAAGGUGGUGCCCUACCACUGCCUGGGGGGGAUCUGGUCUCAGCGGGACAAGAAGGGGAAGGAGCACCUGGCUCCCACCAUCAGAGCCACCGUGGCCCAGUUCAACUCCGUCACCAACUGUGUCAUCACCACCUGCCUGAGCAACCCGACGCUGAAGCCCAACCAGAGAGCCAGGCUGCUGGAGAGGUGGAUAGACGUGGCCCGGGAGUGUCGGAUCCUGAAGAACUUCUCCUCGCUGCGAGCCAUCCUCUCCGCCCUGCAGUGCAACGCCAUCCACCGCCUGAAGAGGACCUGGGAGGAAGUGUCCCGGGAGAGUUUCCGAACCUUCCGCGAGCUGUCCGAGAUCUUCUCAGACGACAACAACUACUCCCUGAGCCGAGAGCUGCUGGUGAAGGAGGGAACUUCUAAGUUUGCAACUUUGGAAAUCAACCCCAAACGAGCUCAGAGGAGACACCAACAGCAGAGAGACCUGGGAGUGAUGCAGGGGACGAUUCCUUACCUGGGCACGUUUCUGACGGACCUGGUGAUGAUGGACACUGCCAUGAAGGAUUACACUGAGGGUGGACUCAUCAACUUUGAGAAGAGAAGGAAGGAGUUCGAGGUGAUCGCUCAGAUCAAACUGCUCCAGCUGGCCUCCAACAACUACAGCUUCACUCAGGACAGCCACUUCAGAGAGUGGUUCGCAGGCGUGGAGAAACUCAGCGAGGCAGAGAGCUACAAUCUGUCCUGUGAGAUCGAGCCUCUGUCGGAGUCGGCCAGCAACACGCUCAGAGCCAAGAAGAACGGAGGGAUCAUGAAACGCUGGAGCGAUCGGCAGUUGACGGAGGCCGGCUCCAGCGGCGCCGCCGGCUCUCAUUCCAAGUCCUUCGACCACUCGCACUACAGACCGUACCAAGGGGGCGGGGGGGACAGCGGCGACGCCCUCAGCGUCACCUCCGUCAGCUCCAGUGGUUCAGACCUGGAGGACGUCAACGCCAGCUUCCUGUCCGACUCCCCUGAAGGACACGAGAGAAAGACGUCGACUCCGUCAGUGAAACUGACCGUCUCUGCUUUGGGGAGAGAAGCUCCAGCAGCAGAUACAACGUCCACAUUCUGGGAGUGCACGUCUCUGUCGUCCCUCGACACCUCCGGGAUGGGCUCCAGCUCCGGCUCGGCCUCCGGCUCCAGCAGCGCCUCCUCCUCCUCCGUCUCCUCCUCCACCCCGCUGUCGGCCUCCCGCUCACACAAACGCUCGGUGUCGGCCGUGUCGAACUACUCGACCCUGUCGCUGCCGCUGUACAACCAGCAGGUGGACGACUGCUGCAUCAUCAGGGUCAGUCUGGACGUGGAGAACGGCAACAUGUACAAGAGCAUCCUGGUGACGAGUCAAGACAAGACUCCGGCCGUCAUCAGGAAGGCCAUGAUCAAACACAACCUGGAGCGAGAGAAGACCGAGGACUAUGAGCUGAUGCAGAAAAUCUCUGAGGACAAAGAGCUGCGGAUCCCGGACAACGCCAACGUCUUCUAUGCCAUGAACUCCACUGCCAACUACGACUUUGUGCUGAAGAAGCGCGGCCUGGCUCGGCCGGUGCGAGCCAAGAACGUGGCCAGUUCGACGCUGCCUCGCAUGAAACAGAAGGGACUGAAAAUCGCGAAAGGGAUCUUCUGAGGAGAGAUGCAUCGCUUCCUGCCUCCCUUCCUUCAACCCCCCCAACUCCCCUUUAACCCUCUCUGGUCUCCGGAGGGAAAACUAACCUGAAGUAUCUUGAGUUUUGGUUUGGACACAGACUUGAGAUGCCAGAGGAGAAGUGACCAAGCAGCCUUUCUGUGGAUCAGCAGGAAGCAGAGGAGCACCUUAGCACUUAGUCACAGUCGUGUCGAGGCCGAGUCAGUCGCAGGAAACGAGGCUGCAGGUCCACGAAAGCAGAGGGACUCGUUCGUGGCGGGAAAACAAACAAACAGCUGCGUCGGGGUCGGGCGCCGCUGAACCAGUCCAACGUGACUGGUCGUGUCGGCUCGUGGAAAAGCAGAUCCAUUUCAUUUCCUGCUCCAUUACUUUUUGUUUACAUUUGUUUACACUUUAACAUCACCUGGUCGGCUCUUAAAGACGUUUCGUUGAAGCCUCUUUGCUCACGAGAGGAUUUUUGCACCUUCGAUAAAACACUUUCUGAAUCCCUCGGCAGCCUUCGCCCCUGUGUUUUCCUCUGCAGUCUUAACGCACGCCCUCUCCUGGUGUACAUACAUGAACAGUACGAAGCCCGCGGCGAGUUCACACAGACGCGUGUGUGUGUACGAGCCGGGCGUUCGAAUGUGUUUCUAUUUUUUCAGGGAACUUUUGCCGCCUUUACCGUCUUCGCCCCCCAGGGUUCCUGAUGUCGACAGUGUUUUGAGGACUGCAGCACUGAACGUUUUCACCCUCCGCUCUCGCACGCUGGGACUCGUGUCGGCAUUUUAACACCAGCGACGCCGACGUGGAGGAAUCCGAACUCUUUUAAACUUCUGAACGCUGCCAUGUUACACACACACAAACAUACAGAAGGUCCGGUCGUCUGAAACGGAGACAUGGUGUCAAAAUCCAACCCAGUGGGCACAGCCAUGAUUCACAUGCCACUGUUUACUUUUUCUUUUUCUUUUUUUAUGAAUCGUAACCACUACACCGUGAAGGAUGUGGCAGUCCUGGGACAGUGUCUGAGAGGAGAACAAGUGAGCUGAGAGCAAAACAAACUGAGUGUAUAUAUCCAUUAACACCAACUGUGCAGUAUAUUCUUUUGAAAUGGACCAUGAGAUUUUGUUAAUAGACUCGUCGCGAUAUCAACACUUUUUUUUUUCAUUUUACUUUGUACAUUUUUUUGCAUCUCUGCUCUGAUAUGGUGCUGCUAAUUAUCUUUCUGAAGAGGUCGUACGAGCUGCACCUCACCGCUUUAUCUACUUCCUCACCGCCGGCCGCCAUGUUGGAAAGGAAACCUCUCGAAUUCAAACGUUCAGAAGCAGAAACUGUCACUUUAGAGAAACUUGAUUGAUCCAAACCAUUAAUGAAUAAUUAUCAGAAUAUUUAUGGAUUCACUGUGUGAUCAGCUAAUUGUGUAGUUGACUAAUUAUUUUAUGGCAGGAAUGAGCCUCCAUACACCAGAGUGAAGCUUUAACAGGUUUUCUAAAUUAAACUAAACAGAUUUCAAUCAACAAUGUUUCAUAUAAUUAAAUAUAAAUAAUAUAUAUUCAUUAAACAUUUAUUAGAAGCAUCUGUAAGCACAUUGUGACCAUCUAAGACACUAAACUUUAUUUUAGUGUUAGCAGCAGUGAAGGCUGGCCUACUGCACCCAUCAGUAUGUACUCAGAUUUAUGAUUUGACAUUAGAAUAAUCUCCCCCUGACAAACACUGCAGUGGAGAAACUCUGGGAUAAAUUAAAAUAUUAGCCACAUAAAAUAAAACCAGGAUGUUCUGUCAUAUCCUUCAGUUUCUCUCUGGCUGUGAUCAGUGAGGAAAACUUCCAACAUGGCGGCUCAUCCUUCAUAUUCAUUAGUAACCACUUUCCAAAUGUGCCAUGAUAGGCCUGUGUGUUUCAGACGCACCCGAUGAGUCCUGCUGAUUUAUCCCGCAGGAUGUUUGACUCGCGGUGUCGGCUGUAGUUUACGUGCCGGCGAUGACAGCAAAGUCUUUUCCUCUCUGGGCUCUAAUGCACAGUAGGUGUGGAAAAGAUUGACUUAAGAGGAUUUCCAGGUCUGGAAAACCAGUUUAAAAAACAGAAACGCUCCCUAAAUCUUGGCGUCUGGAAUAAACAUUUGAAGGAGGUUGUGCGUAGGAGCCCAGAUGAACAACGACGAUGCUGCCAAACUGCACACGAGGGAACAAACUCUUCUUUCUUUUCUCUGUGCUGUCCUCAGUCUGUUACUUUUAAAGGAAAAAUCCAACCUGAAAACAUCUUAUCAAAAGCAGCUUAUGGUGGGUGAUGUUCUUUUUUUGGGGUUCACAUUUCUUUCAUUCCUGUAGAUCUGAAGUGACGUGCACAUUCACUGCUAAAUGAUCUGGUUUUGUUUUUGUUUUACCGUUAGCGGAGCCCCAACACUUAUAUUAGAAUCACCAUUGAAAUUCACAACAUUUCUGUGAGCACUUCUGUUAUUUCAGUGGCCGUUGUCUUUACAAUAUUAAUAAUUAAUAAUUAUAAAAGACUUUAUUUGUAGUGCACUUUUCAAAAGUCAAAUUAUAGAGCGCCUCACACUGGCACCAAAUAAUAAACACAUGAAAUUCCAGUGGUUCAAGGUAAAAGAAGUCAAAACGUAAAGAACAGAACAGGGUAGAAGUAUGUUUUAAGAAGGGAUUGUGGAGACGUCUCUGAGCUUGGACCGCUCUGGUUUUCAGCAGCCGGGACUCUGGAAAAGAAAGAGCAGAAACAGAGAGACAGGAUUGUUCUUGUGCUGGAAAGAAUCAUAAGUAUGAUGAAGAAAAAUGUAACGUGAUAUAAGUUUGUUCUGACAUAUCCCCGUUUGGCUGCGUAGCUUCGUGCUUACACUGAGGUUGUGUACGUUCACAUUUCACAUCAGAGCAGAUAAACACAAAGGAUUUCUAUCUUUGUGUUUUUGAAAGGCAUGCUAAUCUCUCUGCUAAUCAUGCUAAUUCAGCACUUACACCCAAGUCAAUUUGAUCAACAGCUAAAUUUUACACAUCCUCUCUGCUGUCACGUAGCAUUCUGGGAAAUGUAGGAAAUGACUAAUUCAGGGAAAGUGGGUUCACAAUGAAAAACACUUUAUGAAUAAAUAUCAAAGGUUGGAUUUUUCCUGAUGAGUUGUUCAUAUCACAGCAACAAAACACUACAUUUGCCUGGAUUGCACUGCAACCAUGUCCUGCCUUUAUUGUUAUGUUGUUAUUUUCACCUGCAUGAAGUUCAUGAUUCUCUGAACGAUCAAAUGAAUGAACCGCCCAAAAAAAAAAAACCCUGUGAAAGCAAUACGGUGAUGAGCGGCAGGAGGCACGUCGUCCGGCUGUCGUGGAUGUUGUUCGUGCCACUGUGGCGUGAAAUCCUUCGCUGUUGAACACUGUGACCUUUGACCCUUUCACUCUGCCCUCUCUGCCUGUUGAUCGGCGCAUCAUGUCGAGCACUGUGAACUAAAAAAAAACAAAACAAUAACGUCUCGUUCCCCCUUAAUGGUGUCGUAGUGAAUGUCCGCCCCUUCGCUCAUCUUGUUGGCGAGCAGCGAAGGCAACAGGCUUGAUCCUACAUGUGCCAAAAAUAACAAGGAAAGAGAGAAAAAAGGUUUUAACAGAUGAGUCCUCUGCCUUUCACAGUGAAAAAAAAUCAAGUUUGUAUGUUUACUGUCGUCGCAUUUUUCUGGAAAAACAAAAAAAAGGGUGAGAACACUGAAAAAAAAAAAAAGAUUCUGGACCCGUUUCCCUGGAGAAUUCGACUGUUGUCUGAGAAACUUGAAGCGAAGAUGUUUGUCAGGAGCUGCAGAUGAAGCUGAGGUAGAAACUCCACUUGGUUUUUCAUGUUUAUGUAACAAAAUGAACUGUUUAUAACCAUGAACCAGAUUUUUAUUCCAAACAGAACUACAUCUGAGCUACGUUCAAAUACCUUAAAUGACGGAAACAAAGAAUCUCACACACUGUCAACCACCGCUUUAUUAACCAGUCAUUAAUAACUGUCAUGAGUUUUGGACCCUUUAUGAUGUGGAAGAACUAAUACUUCUUGAAUAUUGUGUGUAUUUUCUAACUGGUGCUCAACAUUUAACACCAGAGAUGAUGUUGCUCUGCUCUGUGGAUGUUUCAGGGAUGACAAUCACUGAAAAACAAUGUAUUUUUCUCUGUUAUAAAAGGAUGUAGACAUUAGCUGUCAGUCAUAUGUAACAGCAGUUGGACCUUGAAUGCACCACUGACUAUAGAUUAUAGGUGAGAAAACGACUGCAAAGAGACAAAAUAAGUCUGAAAAUGAUUACAGACAUACAGCGUGACCAUAUAGACAAAAGCAAGUAGAAAUAUACAUAAAAAUAACCAGAGAGAGACAGAAGAUGACUGAACAGAGACAUUGUUUGGGUCUUUACAUGAGUUUUGUUGACAAUAAGAAAAAUACAGAGUGUCACUUGAACGCAGCAUCAGUUCCUUCUCUGUAGUGUUUGGAAUAAAAACAUUGGGACUCUUGGGCCUUUAAUUAACAAACGAUGACCACGUUGACUCUUCAGUGUGUUUCUGUGGGGUUUCUGCAGCAGCUCCGUUCGAGAACGGAAAGAUUGUGCACGAGUGGAACUUUUUAAAUGAACUUCACGAACCCUGCGAGCGUUUCUGUGCUGAUGAGGUUAACGUUGGACUGGUCUGUGUGUCGUUGUAGCCUCGUGUUGACAUGACGUACCUUUUGUGAUUUGACCUGAUUCUGUGCGAGUUUGAACAAAAAAAGGCUGCGUUUACAAGAAGAAAAAAAAAACUAAAAACUGGAAACCAGCUGGCGUGGUGUGUGUGUUUUUCUUUUUCUUUUUUUUUUUUUUUGGUUCGUCCCCCCCUGAACUGUGCUCGGGUGCCAUUUUCCAUUUUAACAAAGGAUAUCAGAACUUUUUCUAACUGCAGUCUCUUCUUUGAUUUACUUUUCCUACCUUUCCCAAGAAGACAAAACCUAUGUAGAAUACAAAACUGUCCUUGAUUAUGUCUUUGUUUAUUUAUUGAUUUGUAUAUAGAGAUUUUGUUUUGCACUGUACAUUCUCUCCCUUCUUGGUUAUAGAUUAAUAUAUUCAUGUAUAUACGAAUAAACAUUAAGUUUAUAAAAGUAAA